AAAAAUUGAUAUGUCAAAUACUGUUUUCCCGUAGGUACGUAACUUUGUUUUUCAUAUUUUUAUUCGGGUAUAAGAGGUUUUUAUUCAUAAUUUCAGAAACACAAUGACUCUGCAAGAUACUUUAGGUAACCGGGAACUUGCUGACUUAGAUUUGUCUAAGGUAGCAGCUUUACAGCAAAAGCGGACGUUAGCAUUCGUAAACCACUUCGUGAUCACCACAGUUCAAUUCCUGAACAAUUUUAUGAAAAAAUGUGAACACAAACUAAUGCACUUUGAGCGCAAACUAGAAAAGGUGGAAGCUGCAAUGGUCUUGUUAGAAGCUAGACUUUCCUCAAUCCCAGAAGUAAAUACAGAACCGGAACAGAAGCCACAGAAAACACCCGACGAGGUUGAGCCUUCCCAGACAGUUGACCAAACUGACUCUGAACCACCUAAAGGAGAAUCUGACAACAAAGCAGAAGAACCUCCGGCACCCGAGCCAUCAGCACCAGUCCAUCCAGAAUAUGAGAGAUUUGUCAAGAUGGUACAAGUUGGAGUCCCACUGGAAGCUGUCAAGUUAAAAGUGUCAUUGGAAGGCCUUGAUCCUAAUAUGCUUGUUAAAGUGCUAGGAAAAUAACGGGAGUACAGGAAUCUAUCUAGGUGUAACACAAAAACUGAGAUUUGAAAUGUAACUUUGUAAAUAAAUGUAAAGCAAGCUGGCAGAUUAUAUCCCUAGAAAGAUUUAAAUUCUUCAAAAUAUUACAUCAAUGCUAUGUUCAGUCAGAGAGAAGCAUAGGGUGCUCAAGAAAAAUAUGUCAUGCAUGCUUGAUAUGAGUGGUCAAGGCAAAUUUGCUAGCAGUGGCAAAAAGCUCUUGUCAACCUUUUCAAGACUCCCCUUUUUAAAAUGUGUUCUAAAUUAAAAAAUAUAUUCAAUUGUGUAAGGUAUAUUAUAUUAGUUUGUAUUGUAAAUUAUUUAGGAAAGUUCAAAUUUUGGUUUAUUUAGUUUUAACUAUUUAUAUGACUUGUUUAUACUGUAAUAAACCUAUCUGUUUUUA